GCGGGGGGUGCGCAGGGACGAGCACAGCCCCUCGCAGCCCCCUCCUCGCAGCCCCUCGCAGCCCCGCGGGGCAGGGCCCCUCCCUGCCGGGCCGGCGGGAAACGGGCGGGCGGCCCGACCGGCUGGGCUGGGCGGGCAGGGCAGGGCAGGGCAGGCCCGGCCCCGAGCCCCGAGCCCUUCCCUGGCUCCCAGCCGGUCCCCGGGCCGCGGGGCGGAUCCCAUCCCGCAGCGCACGGCCCGGCGGAGCGCGGAGGGGCGGCCGCAGCAGAGGAUGAAACGUACUCGUGCAGAAGACCAGUGAAGCAGUCGGGUAGGCUUGCCACCAAAUUCCGUGGUAGCGAGUGGAUACAUCUCCAGUUGCACUGACAAGUAUGAAGCACUGUGCCCUGUGAUACUUACUUUGCUGGUUCUCACCACUGGAGGAUGGCUGCCAUGCUUUGUGAAAAUUGUUCUGGUCAGUACCACUACACCCAGGUCAACCAGCCUCUUGAAACCAGCUGCAUGUUGCUCCUGAUUAUGUUUGGAAAAGUGUUCCUUGAUUUCUUCAUGUUGCAAGUUAAGCAGAAGGAUGUGAAAGUUAGUUUCAUGGGAUACUUCUGUGUUUCACUGGCACUUCUUGAUUUCAUACUGCUGCUAAGUAUAUCUUUCAUUUUCUACUUUGAGGACUUUGCACUCUGGGGUGUACGAUUUACAAAGUACCACAUUUGCCUGUUCACUCAGGUAAUUUCUCUUACCUAUGGUAUUUUGCAUUACCCAGUGUAUCUUGUAGCUGGUGUGGAUUACUACAUGACUAUAGCCCAAACCUCCCACUUUCCUAAAAGAAGUCAAAGAUUACUUUAUGUAUUUGCUGUGGUUGUUAUAUGGAUCUCAGGGUUUUUUUGUAUUCUGGAGGUUCCUGCUGUCUACGAAGGACUAGAAAUUCAGAACCGCUUUUCUCCGUAUCAGUGUCCCCUCCAUGCCAGCGUGCAGAGCUACUCAGUCUCAUGUGCCAUGGUGCUGCUGACAGGCACAGCCCUCCUGGCUUGUCGGAAGGAACUCCUAGCCAUGCUGAUGUCUGUCAGGGUUGUUUCCUUUGCUGGUCAGCCUGUUCUGAUGUUCUCAUAUGUGUCCAACAACAAUGGUGCUAGCUUUAAGUGGCAGCUCCUGACCAGACUCCUCCUCUGUUUCCUUGGCACUUGGGCACCUUUUCUUCUUCUUCAAAUUAUCAUUUUGUUUCUGGGUGCUCGGAUUCCAGCCUACAUGGAGAUGAAUGUCCCCUGGCUCUACUUCAUCAACAGCUUUCUCAUCGCAGUGGCAUACUGGUGUCGAUGUCAUGAUGUUGAAUUGACAGAGGAGAUGUGGUCCACAGAUCCAUUUGUCAGCUGGAAAUUCUGCUUUAUGCCAUUUAACAAUGAAAACACAGAGCCAGCUGAUAAGCCAGGCACAGUAAUUGUAAUCUGUUAAUGAGCUGCUGACUGAAAAGACUGCAAAUCAUUGCUGUGCAACAGAAGCGUGUAUUCUGACGUUCUGUGACCGUGUCUUUACAGAUCAUAACAAGUAAACAUCUCCAGAGCUAUAACCAAUGGAAAAAAAGUCCAACGUCCACCAAUGUUGCAAUGGAUACUGGACCCGAGUGUGGGACACCGCUCCUUUCCACACUGGGUUCCUGUGGGCACCUGCCAGUUCAGAGGAUUUAACUUAAAAUACGGGUUUAAGAAAAGACCACUACUUCUAUAAAACAAGUUUUCAGUUAAACCUUAUGUUUAUGACUAGAAUUUUACACUUGCUUUAAAUGGGAUGAUCUCAGGUUUUACAGUGUAAGAUGCAAUAAAGUCUUCAGAGCUGGAGCUCUUUUAUCAGUUA